GUAUCCCGCGCCACACCCAAUAUGGCCACCUUGUGGCUGCCUCCAGUAUCAUGGCUGCUGCGUGACGAAAAAUAUCAGCGCCAGUGGGAGCAGCAAGAUGGCCGUGCCCGUGGGUGUAGAGAUAGUUACAGAAGCUCUGAAAAUAUUAAUAACUCCCAGAGGUAGUGAACCUCCAGGAACAGAUAAACAGGCUGCGCUGCUGAGCAGCCUCGGUUCGAAUGUGUCGUCACUGGAGGAGAAACUAUUAAACUCCCCAGAGUGGAAGGCGUUGGGAGAUCUGCGAGACAAGGUGUUGGCAGAAUCCAAAUGGCUUGAAGAAUGCUCAGAGUUAGCACCGGAGUCACACUGGAGGUUCACGUUAGAGGCCUUGCUGCUUCUUCUUUGUUUAAAGGAGGUUAUGAUUGCGGUGGCUGCUUCCUUCACACCUCCCAAACCUAAUCUGAGGACGCCCGAGGCCGCCCCUGCUUUGAGUCCUGACACCCUCAGCAUCUCCCAGCAGAAGAGCGUGCAGUCUGUUCUGCAGUUUGUGGUGUCUAUGGGAAUUUGCCCGUAUCUCCUUCCUGGAAUUGGAUUGCCUCUUCAGCAGCGGUCCGAGUUUGGAGCCCUCGUGCAUAGAAUGGUGUCAUGUGACGUGCCCAUAAUCCGCACGCGCAGGCUGUACAUCUGCUGUACCACUCUUCUGGAGGUGUCUCGACACCCAUCCCUGGGCAGUCUUCUGCUUACAAACCAUCUAGGAGACUUAAUGGCAGGGCUAUGCCAACUGGGAUUUUGCCCCACCAAAGCUAAGACAGAACAAAACACUUCAGAGAAGCUAAAGGAGCUUACUGAGAGCGAGAGAGUGCGGUGUAAGGAAGCCUUACGUGGUCUCUUAGAUCAGGUGUACCAACCGCUUGUUGUAAGGGAGCUGCUGAUCCUACAAGGGGGUCCUAAACAGGGCACAAGUCCUGGUGUUUCAGCUAAGGUGUUGCGGGCUCCAGCCCCAGCUUGGUUACGCCGCCUCAUCGGACAGCUCCUAUCUGAGCGACUAAUGAAGCCCAAUGGGGUACAGGCCGUGGUGAGAGGGAUCCUGGAAGGAGCAGGAGCCGGUCCGGUUGGAGGAUGUGAUGCAGAAGCCGCAGCCAGUAACUGGAAGAAGUGUGAUGCUGUGGCAAGAGUCCUGGCAUCCUGCCCCCAGCAGUCCUUUUCGGUGGAGGAAUAUUACCAGAAGGUCUGCCCACAGAUUCUGGAUUUAUUGCACAUUCAGAACGCUGUAACAGCCCGUCAAUUUCAGAGAGUGGCCACUGAAACAUUUCUAACAAUGGGACGUGAGCAACCACCGCUGGCAGAGAAGUACCUGUUCCUGCCAAUGCUGGAACCGCUUCUGCGCUGUACUCGCACACAUGCAGAAGAUCUUCCCCAACCAGGAGAGACGCUGGUGUCAGAAAAGGAGCUUUCACAAUGCGUGGAGGACAUUGUCAAAGUUUUUGUGGUGGGGAACAAUCCCACGUCGGCUGUGCUUCACUUCACACAACAAGUACUCUCAGCCGUCUUCUGUUUGUACUGCUUUACCCGACAGAACGUGUCCCACUUAAGAUCUCCAUGUCAGGAUAUCUUAAUGUGGUUUUUUGAGAAAUCAGCGAGAGAAACAGCCGUGGCAGCUUUAGCAGGCCUGGCUGGCUUGGAUUCCUCUCUGCCCACCAUGCCCACGUACUGCCAGAUGAAACCAGCCAGUCUCGGAGGAGCGAUAAUAACAAUACAAGAAAACCGGAUUGAUGAUGACGAUAAUGCUCUGUAUGAGAAGGUCUCCUGGGAGCAGUGGAAGACCCAGUGCUUGGUGGAGCUCCUCUCCAUUAGCCCCGGCAGCAGUUUGGCCGCCGACUUCUUCUUGUUUUGUUUAAAGAAGCUAACGCCACUCACUGAUGAAGAGGAAGGUGAAGACCAAGAUUCCAGCUCAUGUGAAACCCUCCUAGACUUGGAGAAGAAGCUUACCUUGCGUGAUGAGUGUCAGGAGAGGAGGCUGCAGCUUCUUCAAGUCCUGUCAGUGCUGUGUGAGAGGAUAUCUGACUCCGUUUUCACUGAUAUCCAGCAGGUGGUUGAUUUUGUUGCUGUUACUUUGGAGCGGUCAUGUACAAGACUUAUGGUUUCAGAAGGGGGCACUGUGGUAUCGCAGACACUCAGUAUGUGUAUGGGACUUGUGGCAGCCAUGUUGGGAGGGGCAGUAAAGCUGACAUCACCUGAUUUUGAGCAUCUAAAGAAGCUUUUACCAGUACUUGAGCGAGUAUCACUCACUCACCCGGAGCCAGUUAUUCAAGAGCUGGCGAGUGACCUGCGCAUUAGCAUUGCCACCCAUUGCUCUGUUCCAUUACCACCCCGGACCUGUGCCGGACAGGCAUCAGCACAGGCCAAGAAGGAACCUGAAAGCCGAGUCUCUGAGCCCUGUGACUUCCAGGAGAUACUGGGCAGUGCGCAGCAUUCUGACGUUCCCACCCGGGCCGCUGCCCUGCGGACCCUGACACGUCUGCUGGAGCAGAGGCACCCCCAGGCCCUGGAGCACAGAGAGAAGCUCCUGCAGCUGUGUCUGGCAAACCUGGAGGAAGAGGAUCCCUUUGUGUAUCUGUCAGCAAUUCAAGGCAUCGCUGUCCUUUCUGGAGAGUUCCCUGACCGCGUCUUCCCGGUGCUUUUGGCCCAUUAUGGAGAUGCUGCACCUGCCGAUAGCAAAUUGCGCACCCCAGAAAGCAGAAUGAAAGUGGGGGAGGCCCUUAUGCGAUGUACCAGAGCAAUGGGGGACCUGAUUUUCCAGUACAGAGAUACCCUGAUCCAUGCUUUUCUCAGGGGCUGCAAGGACCAGGACAGCACCCUGAGGGCCAGUAGUCUUUCCAAUCUGGGGGAGCUAUGUCAGCAUCUACAGUUUUCUCUGGGACCUGUUAUUCAAGAAGUGAGUUCUUGUUUAUCUGCAAUCGUUCGGACCGAUCCAGAGGCACAAGUGCGCAGAGCGGCUAUACAUGUGGUGGUUCUCCUUCUACGUGGACUCGGAGAAAAGGCUACAGAGGUCCUGCGUGAUGUUUCACUGGACCUGUACCGGCUGCUAAAGUUUGUAGUGCGCUGCGAAUCGGACUCUGUGUCUGUUCUUCACGCUCAGCUGGGUCUGGAAGAGCUGGACGGCAUCAUACGGACUGCUCUCCUACCCCCCCAGAAACUGGAGAAGAAGAUCAUAGUCCUUCCUUAGGCAACCGGCGGCUGCCACGCGGCCAUUGGACAUUUAUUUUUCUACGAUGCAAAUCUUAAUAAACGCUGUAUGUUUCCACAAAUCAUCAGUGCCUAUAAAUUCUCGCUGAGCCCUUGC